GGGCGCGGCGACGCUCGGCCACCAUGGGCUGCACACUGAGCGCCGAGGACAAGGCGGCCGUGGAGCGCAGCAAGAUGAUCGACCGCAACCUCCGGGAGGAUGGCGAGAAGGCGGCGCGCGAGGUCAAGCUGCUGCUGCUGGGUGCUGGUGAAUCCGGAAAAAGUACGAUUGUGAAGCAAAUGAAAAUUAUCCACGAAGCUGGUUACUCAGAAGAGGAGUGUAAACAGUACAAGGCGGUGGUCUACAGUAACACCAUCCAGUCCAUCAUCGCUAUCAUUAGGGCCAUGGGGAGGUUGAAGAUAGACUUCGGAGACUCUGCUCGGGCGGAUGAUGCUCGCCAGCUCUUUGUGCUUGCUGGGGCUGCAGAAGAAGGCUUUAUGACUGCUGAGCUUGCUGGAGUCAUAAAGAGAUUGUGGAAAGACAGUGGUGUGCAAGCCUGCUUCAACAGAUCCAGAGAGUACCAGCUGAAUGAUUCUGCAGCCUACUAUCUGAAUGACUUGGACAGAAUAGCACAGCCAAACUAUAUCCCGACUCAGCAGGAUGUUCUCAGAACCAGGGUGAAAACAACGGGGAUCGUGGAAACCCACUUUACUUUCAAAGAUCUCCAUUUUAAAAUGUUCGAUGUGGGAGGUCAGAGGUCAGAGCGGAAGAAGUGGAUUCACUGCUUUGAAGGAGUGACCGCCAUCAUCUUCUGUGUGGCCCUGAGUGACUACGACCUGGUUCUAGCUGAAGAUGAAGAAAUGAAUCGAAUGCAUGAGAGCAUGAAGUUGUUUGACAGUAUAUGUAACAACAAGUGGUUUACAGACACCUCCAUCAUCCUUUUUCUGAACAAGAAGGACCUCUUUGAAGAAAAAAUCAAAAAGAGCCCCCUCACAAUAUGCUACCCAGAAUACGCAGGAUCAAACACAUAUGAAGAGGCAGCUGCAUAUAUUCAGUGUCAGUUUGAAGACCUCAAUAAAAGAAAGGACACAAAGGAAAUCUACACCCACUUCACAUGUGCCACAGAUACUAAGAAUGUGCAGUUUGUGUUUGAUGCUGUAACAGACGUCAUCAUCAAAAAUAAUCUUAAAGAUUGUGGUCUCUUCUAAGUUUUGCAGUUGAUAGUAAAAUGCAUUUUCAAACCAAA